CGACAGCAUCAGCCCCGCAGAGAGGAGCUCCACUCCGGCUACAGCUCACCGUUACCUCCCGCCCUUUGCUUUUUUUUUGCCUUCCAUUCCCGCACUAAAGCAAGCAAAGGAGAGGAAGAGGAGGAUAAUUGCAUUUCUGGUGGCCGCCCCGUGGGAUCAUGGGAUAUAUGACCUCAUCAUUCACCUGCGUGUCUCUUCACUCAGCAUAGACGCACGAUGGACAAAGCGGUGGAGGCGGACCCCGCCCGUAACGUGGCGUCGUGUGAUGUCAUCGUCAGCAGCCCUUCGCCCGAGCUCCCCGCUCAGGACGACGACAAAGACGGCAAGCGGAGUCUUUGUCACCAGACGGCGGCGGCAAAAAAAGUCAAAGGCAGAGGCAAGCUGGUGCGCAGCGUGGCCGUGUGCGACGACGACAACGACCAAGAGCCAUCUCAGACGCUGUUGGAUGUCGGCGACAAUCGCGACCUUCACGCUUCCUGUCGUGACGGGGAAGGGGAGAAGACGAGCACGCGAGAUAAAGAGUACCGCGACUCGACAGGCGUAGACCUUCAUCGUUUCAUCGUGGAAACGCUGAACGGCAACCCCAGAGACCGCAUGAUGCUACUGAAGCUGGAGCAGGACAUGGUCGCCUUCAUCACGGGAGACAGCGCGUUCAAGAAAUUCCCACACAUGUCAUCGUACCACCGCAUGCUGGUGCACCGCGUGGCCGCCUUCUUUGGCAUGGAGCACAACGUGGACCAGACGGGAAAGUCGGUCAUCAUCAACCGCACCAGCAACACUCGCAUACCAGAGCAGCGUUUUCUGGAUCAGGUGGAGGACGACAAAGCCACGGAGAUCCAACACUGGAAAACUAUUUUGAAACGGGACAAUAGCUCAGACGAACCGACACGACGCUAUAACUUGCGCGACAAGCAAAGCAAGUCGGUGGAGGAGCGAGAGGAAGAGUACCAAAGAGUGCGCGAGAGAAUCUUCAACCAAGAGGAAGGUGGCCAUUUUGAGAACAGGACCGCAGAGGAGUGCAACCCGUUCGCCGAGACCCAAAGGAGAAGGCAGCUCUUCAGGGGCAGCCGCGACAGCUCGGGCUCCAGCUGGACGGGCAGCAGCCGACAGAGCAGCACCGAGACGGACUGUCGCUACGGCAACGAGCCCCGGCCGUGGAGCAGCACCGACUCGGAUUCGUCCUCGUACCGUUGGACGAAGCCCCGCCCCCCGCCGGCCGCCAAUCCCGGCUGGGAAACGCGCGGCUCGACAGGCACCGUCUCUCUUUUCAGGGUUACCUCUGAGCCCCCCUCCAUGCCCGAGCCCACUGCCCACCCUGCAUACAUCUUGGAAAAUGGCAUCCCACCGGGUAGCAUCCUAGUCAACCCGCACACAGGACAACCUUUCCUAAACCCCGAUGGAAGCCCCGUGGUGUACAACCCGCCUGCUGCCCAACAGCCAAUCAGGAGCCAGAUGCAGGGAGCUCCAGCACAGCAGCCGCCACAGCAGGUGUACUCGCCCGUCUCGUACACAGCUCCACAGAUGAUGCCCGUAGCCCCCUCGCAGGCGUUCCCCGCCAUGGAAGACCUGUCGCAGCAGUUUUCACACGUGGCCGUCAGCUGUCAAUCUUCUGGGGAAGCCACGCCCCUUUACCCACCUGCCCAAGGGUACGUGUACGCAGCCCCGCCCCCGCCGCCACAACCCGCCCCCCAAGCGCCGAACCCCCACAGCUACUGCCAAGCCUCACCACAGAUGCCUGCCUUCUACUACAGCCAGUAUCCUACCUCAGCUCAACAACCAGUCAAGGCCGCCUCACCCAGCUGUAGCGCAGGUUACGCCCCCAUCGUGGGCGUCGCCCAGCAGCAGUCGUACACGCCGGUGACACCGCACCAUUGUAGCAUGCUCCAGGGCGGGGUCUCCGUUUAUCCACCUAGUAAACUUGGCGAGGCAGGAUACUGCUGCCUGGUGGGUCCGGCGGUGGCGGCGGCGGCAGCGCCACCCCCACCUAACUGCGGUGCCGCCUGGACCGCAUAGCAAAGAUGCUUUUUCCUGCCGCAUGUUCACACAAGCACUCACACAUUAAUGCACUGUACCAAAGCUUCAUUUAUAUACGAACAGAACUGCUGUAUUGACUGCAUAAUUUAUACUAAAUGCAAAUUGGAGUUUUAUAUUAUAUUGAGAUGUUAUAUAUAUAUAUAUAUUGUGAUUGAUGCCAAAAAAAAAAAAUGCACUGUGUGACUAUAUUCAAUAAACGCACGUGGCGAAGUCACGUUUUUC